AAUGUUUUUACAAUUUGACCCCUCUUUCCACCUGCUCACUGUCCUCUUAACCCAAGAAAUGAUUUAUACCACAUUGCCUUCUGCCAGCUAUCAGUUGCUUAAUGUGCAUGGAAAUGAUCACGUUCAUGAGAUAGAUGUCAUGGCAUGACAUCACAUUGCAAUUAAUAGGUAUAAACUUAGAUUGCAAAAACUAUUUACUAUUUUUUUCCACUUCCACUCUUUUCUCUCUCUCUUUUUAAUAUGGUCUGACAUCUCAUCCCUUCUAUUUUUCACAAGGUUUCUAAUAAUAUCAGAUUUGUUUCUGUUAUGACGAGCAUCACCUUUAGACCUUUGAACUGGUCACUCUGAUGGUCAAUAAGGUUUUGGCCACCAAAAAGAGGUAUUCAACCCGGUCCACACUGCAUAGCUGCAUGACUCUCUCCAAAUGAAAGUUUUACUAUGCUAGUUUGCUGUGUGAACAGUAAAUGUCAGUAGAGUGGAACAGACGAGGUCUAUUUUAGUAAGACGCUCUCAUGGGAGCUGAUACUAUAAAUCUAAGGAUUUUCCUCUUUCCUCAGUCAGCCAGUUAACUCACACUCCUCUCUUUUCUUCUUCUAGCAGAUAAGGAAGGACUAGAAGUAUGUCUGACGCUCCCCAAUCAAAGCCAAAACCCAAGAUAAGUUCAGCCCGUCGGCUGGGGUUGAAGAUGAGGCUGCUGAGUACAGCAAUGGAAAUGCUGAUAGUAGAGAAGCAGGAUAAACAGAAGGAGAGGGAGAAAGUGCUGAGUGAAAGAAUUCCUCCCAUCAAACUUUCCGGCCUGUCAGUACGGGAAUUACAGGAACUAUGCAGGGAUUUGCAUCACAAGAUUGACGUGAUUGACGAGGAACGCUAUGACAUUAGCAUUAAGGUGGCCAAAAAUGAAAAAGAGAUAAAGGAAAUGAAUCAGAAGAUCUAUGAGAUUAAGAGCAAGCUGAAGAGGCCAAACCUGAAGAGAGUGAAACUGUCGGCUGAACAAUUGCUAAGUGUCCUUCUGGGCUCCAAACACACACAGUCCAUUGACUUCAAAGCCAACCUGAAGACAGUGAAGAAAGAUGAGGAGAAGAAAGAAGAGGUGACUGAUUGGCGUAAAAAUGUGGAGGCCAUGUCUGGAAUGGAGGGCAGAAAGAAGCUGUUUGAUGCUGGACAGUAGAAGUGCUCGCUGAGGGGAUGAGAGGGUGAUGAAGACUGAAUGCUGAUUUUGUUUUCGGUCGUGAUUGUAAUGGAUAGUGGUAGAUAUGAGUUUAUAAAUAGACUGUUUGUGUGAAAUAAGAGUCAACAAUGUUAUAUGCGACUGUAAUGCGUGGAUAGUGGUAGAUAUACGUUUAUAAAUAGACUGUGAAAUAAGAGUAAACAAUGUUAAAUAUAACAGAGAUAAUAAAGUUAUUGCA